UCAGCUCUACUGUGCAGAAGAACCCACUCCUCCAUCCUACCUGUUCCUCGGUCCAGUGUCUUCAGUCUCUGGUCAUCUCCUGUACUAUGUCCGCAGUCUCUGGUCCUCUCCUGUACUAUAUCCGCAGUCUCUGGUCCUCUCCUGUACUAUAUCCGCAGUCUCUGGUCCUCUCCUGUACUAUAUCCGCAGUCUCUGGUCAUCUCCUGUAGUAUGUCUGCAGUCUCUGGUCAUUUCCUGUACUAUGUCUGCAGUCCAUUGUCAUCUCUGUACUGUCCGCAGUCUCUGGUCAUCCCUGUGCUGUCCGCAGUCUCUGGUCAUCCCUGUGCUGUCCGCAGUCUCUGGUCAUCCCCUGUACUGUCCGCAGUCUCUGGUCAUCCCCUGUACUGUGUCCGCAGUCUCUGGUCAUCCCUGUACUGUGUCCGCAGUCUCUGGUCAUCUCCUGUACUGUGUCCGCAGUCUCUGGUCAUCUCCUGUACUGUGUCCGCAGUCUCUGGUCAUCUCCUG